UCCACAUAUUGCCAGAAGGGAAAGGAACUCACUGUAAAGCUGUUUUUUCUAUUAUCAAUUCUCUUGUUCGAGCCUUGCAGCUUGCAAAAAGCGGAGCUAAACCUGCUGUGGGAUUUGAGUGUGAUCAUGUUGCUGUGGUUGAUAUGAGUUUCUUAUCUGGAAUGUUCAACAUUUAUGGCACGUCUGGCUAUAAGCUCAGGUACCGUUGUAAUGAUUUGGUCAGAACAGGGCAAUAAACACAGUUUUGUGAAAAGCCCAAAUCAUUCCUGUCUAUUGAACUUGGAGAAAGAAGCAGUUACAAUUUCUAUGUACAUAAUUGGCGACCAAUGCAAUCUAUCAAGAAUAACAGCCCAAAACCCGAUCCAGUGCCUAACGCUACUUCAGUUGAAACUAAUUCUCCUGAGGCUCAACAUCUCUCCUCUCUAGAAAUUGAAUGUUCUAGAGAAGUACCAUCAGAGGCCCUACUGUUGGUUUGUUCUGAAGAUUCGCUGCCCUUGUACUCCAAAUAAUGCACAAUUCAGGUAAACAAAAAAAAAAUGCAUUCAUAAAGUGAAGCACGCAAAAUCAUGUCGUUGCACCACAACCUUUAGCAAUGAUGGAAAAUUGUGUGGACUGGUGUCACUGUUUCAGGAUGGAGUAGUUGAAACAGAUCUUCGUUUGAUUUAAAAUUGGUGAAAGAGAGUUCCUUAAUGUAAAUUCUGGCGUGGAGUUUCAAGGCAAACAUGGAUAAGACAAUUAGUGCAAAUAAUGGGCAGAUAACUUUGGCAAAUGAAUAUGAAGUGGCUUUCGUCCAUCUGUUACGUGCUGAAAAUGAUGUCAGGAUUCUGGAGUCUUUGCCUUGUCUUCAUGAUAAAGUUCUUGAUGCUGCUGCAGAUGCUGGGUUUGUCGUCUCUUCAAAUCAGAAGAAAAAACAGGGCAAUGCACCAGGGAUUCUUGGUGGUAUUGUCACAGGCUUUAAGGCAGGGAAAGGUAGCCAUACUGUGGAUAUUACUGUGGCUCCUAAGUCCAGUUUUACUCAUUUAGAGGGAAUAUCUUCGAAGCCCCCAUUCCUAGAUUCAUCUCCUACUGCAACAGAUGAUGAGAAAGUAAUAUAGGUCACAUUGUAAUGGAUGAAACAGGAUCUGUGGCAGCCACUUCAUGUCAUAAAGUAGCUUAUAUGAAGAAAG